AACCUGCGAGGCAUAAAAGCCGCAUCCUAAGUCGUGUGUUGAGUGCAAAGCGAAGGCAUGGCAUUGACGAAUUUCGUGCUGACCGCUGCGGGUGUAGGCGCCGUUGUGCUUUUGCUCAGGAGUGACGUCAAGCAAUCUGCCUCCAUCUUCCGCCGGAACGUCAAGCACAUUCGCAACUGGCUUGAAGAAGAAUCUGCUGCCUCUUCCAGGUCAAUGGAGAGGUCCAUUCCCAAAGAACUUGAUUCAAAGGUUCCUCCUAAAGGCAUUCAUAAGGAGGACAAACAUUAAUGGAUACAUGUUUUUUGAGUCUUUUACUACAUAUUACUCUUGAGUUACGUAUAGUUGGAAAUAAUAUGACAUGAUAAUUUUGGUUAUUCCUCAUUCCAGUUACAUCUCGCUGUAAGUUCUUCGAAUUUAAAAUAUUGACUUUGGAUUGCAAGUCAUUUUACCACAUUGUAAGGUGAUUUUUUUUUAACCAAACUUAGAUCGUUUUAGG